UUUUUAUUUUUUAUUUUGUUUUUUUUUAUUAUUAUUUUCCUAUCUAAAAAUCCACAACACAAAUGUCUGACGAGACGUGCGUGAGCUGCAACGAGCCAAUCAAGGCUGGCCUUGUGAAGGCAGGCGAUCUGCCGCUGCACUUCAAGUGCACUGUGCCGUGCGUCGAGUGCCAGACGGCGCUGACGUCGGUGACCGUCCGCGUCUCAAAGGACCGCGAGUACUUUUGCGCGACGCAUUUUCCCCUCCAGUUCCUGAAGAAGUGCGCGACGUGCGGCCACCGCCUGCGCGAGGACGAGCCCUCGGUCAAGAUCGACAUCAAGUUCCACCACGCGUCGUGCCUGCCGCAGCCGCCGCCGCCGCCGCCCAAGGAGCCCGAGCCCGAGCCAGUCCCAGAGCCCGAGCCUGCGCCUGUUCCGGAGCCCGUUGAGACUGGAAACACCAUUGGCGCCGUCUUCCAUCUCCAGCGCGAGGAAAUCAACAAGGAAAUCGGCCUCAAAUGGAUGAUCCACGACAUUGAGCUGAGCGACUUUGAGGCGGAGGUGCUCCUCCGCGGCAGCGGCGCUCCUGGCUCGUUCCUCGUGUACUACACGGCCAACGGUCGUGCUCGUGAUUACAACUUGCUCUUCUGGGCCGAGGCUGACGACAUCCAGAACAUUUCCAUUCUGGACAACAACUUCAAGUACCAACUCUAUGGCCACGACCAAAAGUUUGGCUUCAUUGGCGACUUGAUCACCCACUACCAGUCCAACCCAGUGUACAAGGGCAAGCAGCUGGGCUCGCCCUGCAACUUCCCCGAGCAGUAUGCCGACCCGACCGAGGAAGACAAGCGCUCUCCCUUCAUCAACGAAAUUGUGGCCAUCCGUGGUGAGCUCGCGCUCAUGCAGCACCUCUACGAAGAUGCUCUCAAGCUGAAGAGCGACUGGGUCAACAAGAAGGACCGCGCCGAGCAGCUUGCCGACCUUGAUUACACCAUUGCUGCCACCGAGCAGCGCGUCGAGCUGUGCAAGGCGUUGACCGCCAAGCCCGCCGAGACGGCCUUUGGAAAUGACAAGUUUGCCGACCCCGAGCUGCUCGAGUCGGCCGUGUCCGCGUACAAGGCGGCCCAUGUCGCCGAGGAGGAAAUGCCCGACGACGACACCAUCUCCAUCACGUCCGAACUCGAGGACAUUGACGAGGCUGAGGUGCCCAUUGCUCCAGAGCUCAACUCGCUUGAUGCGACUCUGCGCCGCUUCUACAAGGAGAAUGAGCUUGUCGACGCCAACGGCCACGUCACCGCCGCCAACCUUGCCACUCUCGUCGUCCAGGCCCUGCCGAUGCGUCAAAAGAAGCUCGUCGAGCGCCGCAUCAAGAAGAGGAAGGACAUCCAGGCUGCGUUCAAGAAGGACGAGCUCGGUGUUUCGCACCUGCUGUCGUUGGUGCGCGAGUUUUUCAUCUUCCCCAAGCUGAUGGCCGUCUUCACCGAGAAUGCCAAGACCAACACGGACUUUAUGACCAUUCUCGAGUUCAAGGCGUACCUCAAGCGCGAGCCUCACCUUGCCGCUGACAGCGAGAACAUUGUGGCCCUGUUCUACAAGCUCGCAGACCAGAACAAGAAGAGCAAGGCGCAGGAUCCCGAGCUUGCUGCCGCUCGCGACAUGUUUGGUGCUCACGUUGCCGUGACCCAGGACGGUUUCAUGACCUCGCUCGGCUUUGUCCAGUUCAUGUUCACCACCGGCUGCGCCGCCUUCAACCCCGUGCACCGCAAGGUCUACCAGGACAUGAACCAGCCGCUCGCCCACUACUUUAUCAACACUGGCCACAACAGCUACCUCGAGGCUGAUCAGCUGAUGGGCCCGAGCUCCACCGACGCCUACCGCAAGGCGCUGCUUGCUGGCUGCCGCUGCGUCGAGAUUGAUCUGUGGGAUGGCCCCAAGGGCGAGCCGAUCGUGUAUCACGGCUACACCAUGACGAGCAAGAUUGCCGCCCGCAACGUGCUGCUGGCCAUCAAGGAAAGCGCGUUCGAGGCGUCGCCGUACCCCGUCAUCCUUUCGCUUGAAAACCACCUCUGCCUCGAGCAGCAGACGCUGUUUGUCAAGUACUGCGUCGACAUUUUCGGCGACCAGCUGAUUGUGGCUGCGAGCAACUUCUGGGAGUCCAACCCCAAGGAGCUUCCCCCGCCCGAGUCGCUCAAGCGCAAGAUUAUCAUCAAGAACAAGGCGCAUCCCAACCGUGGUGGCGUCAACCCGAACGACCCCUCGUCGGUCAAGGCCGCCAAGGUGAUUAGCCAGGAAAUGUCUGACGCUGUCGUGUACUGCAAGUCUGUUCGCUAUGCCACCAUGCGCAAGGCCACCGAGACAACCAAGUGCUACGAAAUGUCCUCGUUCGCCGAAAAGAGGCUGCAAGCUCGCCCGCGACGAGUCGACGCUACAUCGUCUCACGCCGGCCAUUUGGUGCGCGUUACCCGACGCAAGCGCUUGAUUCGUCCAACUACGACCCGCAGCCGCUGUGGAAUGUCGGCAUCCAGAUGGUUGCUCUGAACUACCAGACGCCCGAUCGCUCCAUGCAGCUCAACGCGGCUCGCUUUGCCCAGAACGGCAACGCUGGCUACGUGCUCAAGCCCGAGAUUCUGCGCAAGCCCGCUGCCGCGAAGGGUGGCCUCGAAAUCUCAAAGCUCAAAAUCCAGCUCGUCCACGGUUUCCAGCUCAACGCUCCCAAGUCCAACAACCGCAUGUCCCGCCGUCGUGACCGCGACCUUUCUCCCAUCGUCGAGGUUGAGGUCGUGGGUCUCAAGACGCUGCUGCUCGCGUCGGCUUCUGCCAAGGGUGGCGAGCUUCCCGAAUGGAACGACACGUUCGAGUUUGAUGUUUCCAUGCCUGACAUUGCUCUUGUGCGCUUCAACGUCUUUGAUGACAAGACCAAGGAGUCUCUUGGUGCUUAUGCUUUGCCUGUUUCGUCGCUGCUUCCCGGCUUCCGUCGCAUCCCGCUGAACAAGUACAAGCCGUUUGCCGUUGUCGAGAACACGCCCGCCAGCUUGUUCAUCAACGUUUCCUUUGCCUAAACAUCCAGUGCUUGUUUUGCUGUUGUUGUUGUUGUUGAAUGCGUCUGCUUGAUACCCUGCAUGAGUUUGUGCUCAAUUAUUCGAGUCAUUAAUCUCUUUAAAGCUACAAUUGGUUGGUUC